AUGGCAAAGUUCGGCGAGGGCGACAAGCGGUGGAUCGUGGCGGACCGCGCCGACGGGACGAACGUCCACAACUGGCACUGGGCGGAGCGCGACUGCCUGGAGUGGUCGCGGGGGCAGCUCUCGGGGCUCUUGGCGGGGCUCACCAUUUUCAACGGCGAAGGAGGGCUCGUCAUCAGGACGCAGAAUCUGGAGAAGCUCGAAGGGGAGGCCUACGUAAACAUCCGCAAGGGGAAGGUCAUCCCGGGAUACGAGCUCUCCCUCUCUCUGUCCUGGGAGGGGGAGGCGAUCUCGGACUCCGCCGCCGCCGCCGCCGGCGGCGGGGCCGCCUCGCCGCCGCUGCUCAAGGUCCAGGGCUCCGUCGAGGUCCCCUACCUCGCGGAUGAGAACGCCGAUGAGGAUCCCGAGGUCAGAGUCACGGUCCGCGGCGGCGACAAUGGCCCCCUGGAGCGGCGGAUCAAGGAGGCCUUCCUCGCCAAGGGGAAGCCGGUGGUCCUGGAGAAGAUUAGGGCGUUCGUGCAGAGCCUGGCUAAGGGCGGCCCCGCCAAGGAAGAGCUCGAGGCGAAGAAGCCCAAGCCCUCGGCGGCGCAGCAGCCGGCGGCGGCGCCGGCCUCUGCGCCGGAGAAGAAGGACCCAGCGGCGGCGCCGGAGGCGAAGAAGAAGCCGCCCAAGGACAAGGAGGGAUUCAGGACGAUAUCACUGACAGAAAAGUUCUACUGCCGGGCGAGCAACAUCUACGAGAUCUUGAUGGACGAGAACCGGUGGAAGGGAUUCACCCAGAGCAAUGCGAGGAUUAGCAAGGAGAUCGGAGGGCCGUUCAGCCUCUUCGACGGCUCGAUCACGGGGGUCAACGAGGACCUGCAGGAGGGGAAGCUGAUAGUUCAGAAGUGGCGGUUCGGGAGCUGGGCCGAUGGGGUACACUCGACGGUGAGAGGAUCCCUCCCUCCAUGGCCUUGCUGGUUCAGGCUCCCCCCUUUUAGGAUCAUCGUCUCUGACUUUUGUACUGUUUGUAUGCUCUGCCGCCCCAGGUGAGGAUGACAUUAGACGAGCCAGAGACGGGAGUCACCAUUGUCAAGUUGACUCAGACCAACGUACCAGUGGAGGACAGGUCCGUCGACUUCCAUUCUUCUUCUUCUUCUUCUUCUGGGCCGACCGGAUCCUAGAUUUUUGCUGUCUCUGCGGCUUUCCUGAUGCUAAUCCUCUUGUCGGAUUUCCAGAUAUGGCAAUGCGACGGUGGUGGAGAACACAGAGAGAGGGUGGAGGGAGCUGAUCUUCCACAAGAUCCGGGCAGUCUUCGGCUUCGGAGUUUGA